CAAUGCACAUGUUAGUAAGAACCGUGUUUUUAAGACAUUUCAAGAUUAAUUGUAACUCAAUAUACAAGCAGGAAAACUGUUUUACGCAGUAUAUCCAGGAAUCAAAUUGUAACAACUUUCCGUAGAAAAUUGAACAAGGAUGAAUUUCUGUGCCAAGUUGGAAUAAUUGACCCUUGAUCUAACUAAAGCCUGUCCACAAUAUGUGUGGAAAUACUGGUGGGGCAUUGGGACAUCUUCCAAGCCACGCAGUUUAAUUCCGGGAGCACAACAAUCACACGUCAAUAUAUCGACACAGCUUCAAAAUGAUUACAAGAACUAACUGGAAGUAUAAGAAAUUUUUAUUAUAUUUCUUAGCUGCUUGGAGCUAUAAUUGUCUAUGUACGUCUUUAGUAGCAGCGGCACCCAAUUCAAUUAAUAAUGUUACAAAGAUAAAUAAAUCUGCAACACAUGCCAAUGAAACCAUUACGGUAUUGUUCGGUUGGGAAGACUACAGCGUGCUAGCGACAAUGCUCAUCGUAUCUUGUGCCAUCGGAAUAUUCUACGGAUAUUUUAGCGAAAAACAAACUACGGGAGAUGACUUUCUACUCGGGGGCUCGUCGAUGGGAACGAUGCCGAUGGCUUUAAGCUUAGCCGCCAGUUUCAUAACAGCGAUAGAGUUGUUAGGAAACCCAGCGGAGAUGUACAUGGCAGGAGCGCAGUUCUGGAUGAUUUGUGUGGCCUUUGUGCUCGUCGUGCCCAUCGCGAGCCAGCUGUACCUGCCCGUCUUCAUGAGACUGCGCCUCACUUCUUGCUACGAAUAUUUGGAAGUGCGUUUCUGCAAGUGGAUUCGCGUGUACGCGAGCAGCCUGUACAUGCUGCAGAUGAUACUGUACACCUCCGUGGCCGUCUACGCUCCGGCGCUCGCGCUAUCUGAUGUGACGGGUUUAAAUACAUAUUUAGCUGUGACGUUGGUCUACGCCGUGUGUAUAUUUUAUGCAUCACAGGGAGGUAUGAAGGCGGUAAUAAUGACAGACGCAUUUCAAUCUGCCGUGCUGCUGGGGUCACUGGCGGCCGUGCUGGCACUAGGAGCCGCGCAGGUCGGAGGUCUCGACGUCGCAUGGGACCACGCCCGGCAAACCAACAGGCUACACUUCUUUGACAUGAAUCCGGACCCGACGGUGCGGCAUUCAUUUUGGUCAGUGGUAGUCGGCGGGACCAUCUACUGGCUGAGCAUGUUCUGCGCCAACCAGGCCUCGAUCCAGAAGUACCUGUCAGUGGAGCGCAUCAGCCAAGUGCGGGUGGCUCUCUGGGUCUCCGCUGUGGGCCUAACCGCGGUCUACUCCGUCAAUUUCCUCACCGGGGCCGUCCUCGCCAUUCAUUAUGCCGAUUGUGAUCCCAUUCAGGCUGGGCUGACGAAGGCGUCAGACCGCCUGCUGCCGCUGUACGUGGUGCAGCAGCUUGGCAGCGCUCGAGGAGUGCCGGGUUUCUUCGUCGCGGGCAUCUUCGCCGCCAGUCUAGGAACUGUAGCAUCGGCCUUGAAUUCUCUGGCCGCAGUGGCUUGUCAGGACUUAGUAACAGGACUUCUUGGGAUAACAUUACCAGAAAACAAAGGGGCCUCAGUGGCGCGCUGGGUGUGCGUGGGAUGCGGCGCGCUGUCGUUCGGGCUAGUGUUCGCGGUGGAGCGCCUCGGGCCGGUCCUGCAGCUGGCGUUGUCCUUCAACGGCAUGGCCGGCGGCGUCUCCCUCGGCCUUUUCACACUCGGCAUGUUCUUUCCCUGGGCCAACGCCACGGGAGCCAUCGCAGGCGGCGUGUUCGGCCUACUACUGGUGGUAGCGGUGGGCGGAGGUGCUCAGUUGGCGCAGCUGCCGCUGCCACAUCUGCCCGCCUCCAUCGCCGGCUGCGUGGAGGGCCACAACAGUACCUCCCACAUGACCAUUUACCCGAUAGAUAAUCGAGACGAAGCCGUUUUCUGGCUGUUCCGUAUUUCGUACCUUUGGUACACGAGCAUAGGGUGCGCGGCCACCCUGCUGGCGGGACUGUUCGUGUCUAUCUUUACAGGGAUCACGAAUCCCGGUCAAGUGCCAAUUGACCUCUUAUCUCCGCCGAUUGUCAAGAUUUUGAAUUCCUUACCAAACAGAUUAAAGAAAUCAUUACGGAUCCCGACGCGGCUGGGGUCGGAGCGUCGCCGCAGUUCGAGCGUGCGGCCGCCCAGCGUGUCGGACGACAAGGACACGCGCCGGCGCCGGCGGCUGUCCGAGCUGGCGGGCGGCGUCUUCUACAGCGACGGCCUCGGCCUCACGCAAGGACUCGACAACCCUGCGUUAGGGCUAGACAACGAAAAGUCUACACUAGACGACCAAAAACAUAUUUCCAGUUUUAAACUGUUAUCGAUUACGGGAGACCAUGCGAGAAGUACGUAGAUCAUAAGUAACUAUUUAUUUUUUGUAAUUUUAGUGAGUUUAAAUUAUUUAAGUUAUUUUUUUAAGUAACUUUAUUUAAUAAAAUCAUAAGUAGAAAUAU